AUGGCCGAUCAGACUACCACCAAUCCACCGCCUGCAAUAGCCACGGCCUCAGACGCGGACUCAACGAUGCGGCAGGCCGUGGACCGGUUCCGCGCGCGUAUGGGUGCCGCCAACCGACAGUUUAUCCAUGACCGCAUUGCUGAGAUCGAGGAUCACGGGCUGGCAAAUGAGCAGGAGAAGAUCCAACGGAUGGCAGAGUGGCGCCAUUUCGGGGCGCUGGACUCUGACGGCGAGUCUGGCGGCUACAAUAAUCCCGCUGCGGAGCGGACAGCGAAUCAAUUCAGGCGGACCCGGCGUCUGGCAGAGGUGCCCGCCCUAGCGGAGGAUGCGCUUCCCCUCUUCGCCAUUGACGGGAUCUAUCCGACGCGGCUGCGCACGGAUGAGGCGCGGCAUAUCUACCUGGACACCCUGCAGGAGGUGUUCCAGCGGCAGGCAGAGGAGUGGGCUGCGGCGGAGGGCGAGGAACCCCCCGGGUUGAUCCCGCGCUGCGACGAGCUGGGCCGGUUCCUGACGUACGCGCACGAGGUGGCGGAUCCGGACUUCCGCCGCUCCGGCGUGGCCCCCUUCAAGGCAGGACUUUAUAUUAUGUCCGGGCUGGACGAGCUUCUGACAGAGGGGCUUGACUCGAACGAGCAGCUCGAGCGGUACCAUGAGCGCGUCCGCCAAGAGUGCACGCGGCUACGGGAGAAUCUCGAGGACGAUCAGGUAUCGCGACUGAUUAACAAGAUUUCAAUCAUUGCAACCCCGGACUGCGAUAUGGAAGUCAAGGCGGGUCUUAUCACCGGUGAGGGCUAUGUGGGUCAUUACCCCCGGUGGUAUAGUGCCUAUCUGUACUGCCGUCAACGUCCGGAUGAUAACGAGGACGACGAGACCAAGGGUGAGAACGAUGACGCCCCGGAUGCCCGCAACAUCCAGGACUGGAGGUGGCGGGUUGUCUUUAUGGAGUUUGAGGGCGACUCCUACUAG